AUAGGAAUUAUGCUGAAUACGAGAAGUCUAGUGAAUUUGAUUUAUUAUCUCCGGAAGAAAAUAUGAGAAUUAAGAAAGCGAUUUAUUAUUUUUCUCUUCAAAUUUCUAAAUGGGUUUUAUUGCUUGGAUUAAUUGUUCGGGAAACAUAUACAAAUGAUAAAUCAUUUACGGAUUUGGGAGAAUUUGCCAAAAAAUUUUUGAAUAAUGAACUAUUCAUGAUUUUUAUAGAUGAAGAUAAUUACAUGUCUACGAGCUCCCGUUCUUAA